GCAGUAGUAGUAGUUGUUGUUAUUGUCGAACAAUACACCAUUUCUUAUACAUUUCAAGUUACAUCAAAUGAUUCAAUAUUCAUUCUUGAUCACUGUAUACAUUUCAAUUCAUCUUUCAUAUUGUUUGCACACACAAACAAAUGUGACAAAUCAUUCGACAUUGUUAUCCUCAUGUGAGCACUGCCCGAAAUGUAAUACAAAUAUGCAUUGCAACUAUUCACAAUGGAUAGUCAAAUUGGGACUGCCAGAGCAGAUUUUCUCACAAAACUACUGGUUGAAGAUAGUCCGAACGAAAUCAGACUGCCUUACUGAAUGCCGAUCACACCCUCAAUGUAAUCUAUACACAUAUGAAAUUAUCAAACCGAAAUGGUGCAAUCUGUAUUCUGAACUGAUUGAAAACGCUACGAUAAAGAUCAUCAAUUCAACUGACCAUAUGACUGGAGGAAGAGUGUGUUGUUGUAAGUUGAAAUCAUGUUUAUCAUGGUCAUAUUAUUAAUAAUAAUAAUCAUAAUGAGAAAUGUUUCGAAUAUCCAGUGUGAUUAGGGUCAGUGUAACAUGGUUUAUAUGAUUGAGGGUAGUUUAGUUGUAUUUUAUUUCGGUGAACUGAAAUGACACAUAUCAUUUGAGAAUAUGUAGUUGGCAUAAAGAAAGAAGCAAGUGUUUCCAUGCAAAGUUGAUCGUUAGAUCUUAGCUAAUUGUUACUGAUUAAUGCAUUGUAUGUCCAUUGUCCAUAGAAAUGUCAGUGAGUCAGCAGUCAGUCAGCCAGCAGUCAAUCAAUCAGUAAGCAACGGUUGACAGACGUUACAGAAAAGUGUUAAGUGAAGUUGAACAGUGAAAUACGUUUUAUCACAGUGUGUGUAUUUGAAGUUCCAGUCAACAUUCUCGGAACUUCAGUUAUUCUAAUUAGCUUUAACUUACAAAAGCCUGAUAACAUCACCAACCAGAAUGUUGCAACUUCUCUCUUCGAGGCAUCUCCUUGCACUAAUAUGUUUGCAAAGUUGCUUCACAUAUCUGAUGUUCCUCCAAUCACUUAACUGUAGAUGAUUACGCAUGAAUAAAUAAGAAUGUUUGUGGUAAGUGAACGGACACGUUUACACUGUGAACUACGAACAAUUCAUGGUAAUCGCAAUCACUCAUCAUAAUGAAAGUUCUUAUUAAGUAAACUGUUUGCUGAAUAUCUAUCUGUUGAAUGUUAGAUAUCAGUGAAUAUUUCAUUACAGUUUUAUAUUUGCCUAAUUGGUUAGCUCUAAUGUAAGCCAAUCAUCUAUGUACAUCGGUAACUCUUUCAAACCAUUUUCCCUUUUACGCUCUUCCUCUCUCUCUUCGUCUUAUUCUUCUUCUUCUUCUUCUUCGUCUUCUUCUUAUUCUUAUUCUUACAUCAUUAAACCAUUGUACAUUGAAUGUUAUUUGUAAAUGUUUGUGUUCAUACGUCUACUGACUAUUGUAUUGUAAUGAAUUGUACUGUAUUGUUAUGCAAUGUACUGUGCUGUACUUCACCAUGUCAGACAUUCUGUAACUAAAUGUAAAUAAACUAUUCAUUUGUUGUUUA